AUGGAUAAACUUGCGUCCCAAGUUACUGAUUUCUGCAAACAAGCGAUUGUGAAUUUGGGUGAGGGAAUAUCUCCAAAGAGAGAUGAAGAGACAGCUGGGACUUCGUUUCUGUCGAGAUGGAAGGUUCUGAUCUGGGCUUGGGAUGCAGGGCUUGGAGGACCGUUGACAACUUUGACUGCUAGGCUUCAACUAUAA